CAGAUGGCAGUAAAUAAAGUCGAAGCUAGCAACUCAGAUGAAAAUACAGACAUAACCUUCUCACUGUUUCGCUUUCAAAGUGGAGUGUGAAGAUGAUACGUACACCUUAUAAAAUACUAUAAAUCUUAACGUUAUAGCUGUUUAAAAUUUUAUACCUAUUAUACUUAUGUUAUUCGUAAAAUGGGAAUGUGGAAAUGUAAUGCACUCUGGUGUUACAGCUAGAAACUAAACUGUGUGUUACAUGUACACAGUACAGUGUAUGCGCGACGUGGCUAAACAACAUGGCAACCGGUGAUAACAGAAAAGUUGCUCUGAUAACAGGUAUCACGGGACAAGAUGGUUCUUAUUUAGCAGAGUUUUUAUUGGAAAAAGGAUACGAUGUGCACGGCAUUAUCAGGCGAGCUAGUUCAUUUAAUACUGCUCGCAUUCAGCAUCUUUAUGAAGAUCCAAAAUGCCAUCGUCAAGGUAAAAUGAAAUUGCAUUAUGGUGACAUGACUGAUUCCAGUAGUUUGAUCAAGGUUAUUAGCCAGGUACAGCCAACAGAGAUUUAUAAUCUUGCAGCCCAGAGUCAUGUUAUGGUAAGCUUUGAAGUAAGCGAGUAUACCGCAGAAGUAGAUGCAGUAGGAACUGUAAGAUUAUUAGAUGCUAUACGUAUAUGUGGCUUAGAAAAAUCAAUAAAAUUUUAUCAUGCAUCAACGUCUGAACUGUAUGGUAAAGUGGUUUGUAUUCCACAAAAUGAGAAAACGCCGUUUUAUCCACGUUCACCAUAUGCUUGCGCGAAAUUGUAUAGCUUUUGGAUCGUUGUAAACUAUAGAGAAGCCUACAACAUGUUUGCAUGUAACGGAAUAUUGUUCAAUCACGAGAGCCCGCGAAGAGGAGAAAAUUUUGUCACUAGAAAGAUCACCAGGUCUAUAGCAAAAAUACAGCUUGGUCUAUUGGAUGUGCUUGAAUUAGGAAAUUUAGAUGCAAAACGUGAUUGGGGCCACGCCAAAGACUAUGUAGAAGCAAUGUGGCUAAUGCUUCAACAAGCAGAACCAGACGAUUAUGUUAUAGCAACAGGAGAGAUGCACAGCGUCAGAGAAUUUAUAGAAGUAGCAUUCAAUUAUGUGGGUCGCACAAUAAAAUGGGAAGGCGAGGGUGUAAGUGAGAUAGGACGAGAUGAACAAACUGGGAAAAUAUUAGUUCGCGUGAACCCAAAAUAUUUUCGUCCAACUGAAGUGGAUACGCUUAUGGGUGAUGCGUCUAAGGCAAAAAGCAAAUUUGGUUGGAAACCAACGAUCACAUUCGCAGAUCUUGUAAAAGAUAUGAUGGAAUCUGACUUGGAAUUAAUGCGAAAGAACCCAAACGCCUGAAAGCAUCGUUUAAUUUGUUGCACAACAAAUUAAAAAUACUGGAUAAUAAUAUUUAAUACUUGAAUGAGAACCUAACAUGAAUAAAACCGCCAGUUUCCAAUGAUACCUGAUAUGAGUCUAGCUUGAGGUGGGCGCGAGAAGGGUGAGUAAGUACGAUUUUGUUACAAGUGCAAAUGAAGAUUAUUAAUAAAUAAUAGAAAAAAAUUUAACAUUUAU